AUGGCUAAGGCGGAACUCUGGUUGUCGCCUGUAGUGCAGACCCUCUUUGCUCGUUCACCUCCACCGCUCCGCUCUCGCCGAAGAACAUAUGGCGCCAGGCUCAAACUUUUCAACCAGCAAUCAGCUAAUCUCAACGUCGGAGCCGUUAUGUAUUCAAUUCGUCACGGUGCUCAGAAGCCUCUGUUCAUGCUCCUCCACUUGCUCAAUGAUGAUUUCGAUGACCGUCAUGAGCUUGUACAAACCCAGGUAGGCAAUUCCUAUUCUGACUACUUGCACUCAAUUGCCCAUAGGCGUGAGCCAGAAUACUGGAACUCCAAGUAUUGGAUUGCGAGAUUCUCCCAUGAGUACUUGCCGGAGAUAUACUCGCCUGGCAGCACCAUUACUCAGGCCAAGCAGGAAAUGGAAAAGUUUGUAGGUGCUGUACAAACUGUCGAAACUUCCGGAAAGGGAGUCCCGGACCAUGAGAAGGGGCAGUGA